AUCGCGAGGGCGAGCCCCCGGGGGCACGAGGAGGGAAGCCAGCCGGGUUGGAAGCAAUGAGCGUCUUUCUGCUGCAGGAGCCGCCGCCGCCGCCGCCUGCAACAGGCGCAGCCACAACGGCUUCGCUCCCAGAGUCAAAGCGGAGCUGGGUUUAAAAGCCGCUGGAUCCCUCCACUGACUCCUCUGCUCUGCCCUGCCCCAGGAUCUCGCAGCCCCUUGCGUGGGGUGGAGGCGGCCCCAGCCAUGUUCAACCAGCAGCAGUACCAGCAGCAACUGUUGCAGCUCCAGCACCUUCUCCAACACCAGCCGCCGCCGCCGCCGCAUCAGGCAAGCCGGGGUGUGACGCCAUCCCAGCAGCAGCAGCAGCAGCAGAUGCUGAACCUGCGGGCUACCAGUCAAGCGUCGCUCCUCAACGCCAGACCCAUGCUGCAGCGGGCCCUGCUCAUCCAGCAGAUGCAAGGUAACUUGAGAGGCUUCAACAUGGCGGCCGCCCCUGUGCUUCAGCAGUUCUUUCCUCAGGCAACGAGGCACUCCCUUUUGGGUCCCCCUCCUGUUGGGGUCUCCUUAAAACCAACUCGCCUGGCUUUCCCAGGCCUCCCGUUUCAGCGGCAAAAUCGGACCUUUCGCAAGGACUUCCCGAGGACUCCUGAGAGGAAGCGGGAGACGCAUUCUGCAUCUUCGUCCUCUCAGGUCCAAGGAGCAGAUGAGACCGUGUCUAUCGUUAAAGAGGGAUCCAAGCAGCCGGAUUCUCCACCUCCAGAGACUCCAGUCGAAUCCUGUUCAGAUGGCGAGCCAGCAGCCAAGCGAUUCAGAAGUGAAGUUGAAGACUCAAUCCCAGAAGAAGCAAUAUGCUUCCAACAAGCGGACGAGUGCCACGCAGGAUCCCACCUGGAAGAGGCAGCAGACAGUGCGAAAGAAAACUUGGCUUCAGAUACUUCCAAGGAGAAGAACAUUGCUGAGGAGCUGAAGACUUCAGAGGUGGUCAGCUCUGCAGGCUCCCUAAAAGUCACUAUUCAGCAGAGGAGCGAGAGCCGAGCAAUUAGUACCACAGCCCUGAAGUCCACCCACUGGACCUCUGAGAUGGGUGCAGCAGAGACCAGCGCGGAGUCUGCCCUGAAAUUCUACUGUUACAUCUGCAAGACGAACUGCUGUAACCAACAGAAUUUCCAGACUCACAUGGCAGGAGUUCAACACCAGCAGCGGCUUCGGGAGAUCCAGGACAUGAGCAACAUUUGCUUUGUCUCGUUGCUGCCGAUGGUGCAGAGGCCACUGGCCGAGAAAGAUGGAGAGAGCCCGCAGCGAUGGUGUAAUACCUGCCAGAUAAACUUUACAGGUGAUCUGAUCAAGCAUCGUCGGACUCAGGAGCAUAAGCUUGCCAAACGCUCUCUCCGUCCCUUUUGCACAGUGUGCAGCCGCUACUUCAAGACCCCGCGCAAGUUUGUGGAACACAUGAAGUCUCCAGAGCAUAAGCAGAAGGCCAAAGAGGUGCGGUUGGGAGAGAAGGAGCAGGGUGGGCCGGAGGAUUCUGAGGAGCUUAUAACAGUCGAUGCUGUUGGCUGUUUCGAAGAUGACGAGGAGGAGGAAGAGGACGAGGAGGAAGAUGUUGGAGAAGAGGGAGACUCUGAAGUGGAACAGCUGGAUAAAGAAGAGCCUCUGAUGAAGCAGGUUGGGCUGAAGGAAGUAUCACUGGAAGAUGCUGGAGGAAAUGAGGAGUACUGUUCAGAUACCAUCUACGGCCUGGAUUUUCUGGUCCCCGUGGCGGGCUUCCUCUGCCGGUUGUGUCACAAAUUCUGUCAUAGCGACUCUGCUGCCCGUCUUGCUCACUGCAAGUCCCUGAUGCAUUUUGAGAAUCUCCAGCGGUUCAAAGCCAUGAGGCUCCAGUCUGCACUUGUGGACACCUCCUUCCAUUCUCAGCAGGGGCUGGAUGACCAGCCAACGUCUCCUGCUGCUGCUGCUGCUGCUAAGAUGGAGGGUAAAACUGAGAUGGUUAAUGCAAGCAAGCAACACAUGGUAUUAACAGAAGUGUCUUCAAGAGAGGAGGCUGCAGUGAAGGGGGACCACUCAGGAGCCAUUGCAACUGAUGAUAUUUGCGGAGUCCUGGCCAUAGAGGACCGAGGAGAAGAUGAAAAGGGCACUCUUUCAGCUUCCACCAAUGACUCUGCCGCCGCUGCCGUGGUGGCAGAGGAAGUGCCAGGACUCUGUCCACAAAAGGAAGAGCCCCGCAAUGAAACGGAUCAAGAGGCAACUGCAGGGAGGGUCUCAGGAGACGAAGCAGACCCUGCAGCAAAUGAAACUCCAGGCAGCCAAGAGCAGGAAAAGCAAGCAGAACCACCCUCCCAGCCCAGCGGGGAGGCCUCCUCUUGCCACAGGCGGUCGGCUAGGCAGAGGGCCAGAUAAAGUGUUUGGAGAGGUCACCCUUUGUGUGUUCCUUGUCUUGCCUUCUCCCCCCGCCCGCCACUUUCCGUGUCAUCUCCUUUUAGAGAGAGAAAAAAAGUAUACCAUAGUUUUACUGCAGUUUUUUGUUUGGAAAAAAAAUUAAAGGGGGGAAAAAUCUA